AUGGUGAUAGGCCUUCCUGAAAUUCUCAUCCCUUCCCGAGUUUGUGAAGAAUGUGUUGUUGGCAAACAACAUUGUUCUCAGUUUCCAAAAGGGAAGUCGUGGUGGGCGAAGGAUUGUUUGGAGAUGGUGCAUUCUGAUAUAUGUGGCCCAAUUAAACCAAUUUCUAAUGGAGAAAAGUCAGAAGCUUUUGGAGUAUUUAAAAGCUUCAAGGCUCAUGUAGAAAAUUAUACGGGAAAAGCCAUAAAGACUCUUCGAAUUGAUCGUGGUGGCAAGUACUGCUCAAAAGUCUUUGAAGAUUUUUGUGAAUCUAAUGGAAUUCGUAGAGAGCUCACCACUGCUUAUACACCACAACAAAACAGUAAGAGGCUUGGAGUAGAAGAAAAUCAAUUGUUGAUCACUUAUGAUUUUUUGGUUGCAUUGCCUAUGCACAUCGUUUCAGACGAGAAAAGGAAGAAACUUGAUGACAAGAAGAUUAAGUCUACUCCAAUCGUAUUUGACAGUGAAGUCGAAGAAGUGGCUGAAAUGCCUAAAAGUGCAGAGAAUUCAUCUCCAAUAGCUGCUGAAACUCUACCAACUCUUGCUGAAAUUUCACCAACUGCUGAAACUUUACCAGCAACUUUAGAAGAAACUGAUGCAGUAGCUCAUUCUCUUCGCCAUGCUAGCAGAAAGUCCACGUGGAUGCUGGACUAUAAGGUACCAGGAAUCAAUGUAAAUGAUGAUUCAAUUACUCAUUUGGCAUUGUUUGCAGAUUGUGACCCGACAACAUUUGAGAGUGUUGUUAGAGAAGAAGAAUGGAGAAAGAUGAUAAGAUGCUGA